CUACAGUCCAAAUAACACGACCUGCUCCAGCUCCUGCACCGCGUCCUCUACCGGCACCACGCCCUGCCCCUGCUUCUUUCUUAGCACAGCAGACGCAAGAAGCGGCUUCUCUAAGCAGCGCAUCAUCCGCCGCAUCCACUGCUACGACGUCCCAGGCGCUUCAAACGUCCAGCGCAUCACAGUUUACAGCAGCCACUUCCCAAACGUCUUCAGCAGUUUCCGUGAGUAAUGAAGCCUUGCAGAGUGCAAUCAUUCCGAACAUAGCAUCUUCGAGCGCACUAAAUGCAAUAAGUACAGGACAAAUUUCUGUGCAAAAUCUCAUUUCAGUAGCGUCCCAAAUCCUUACAAAUUCCUUCGGUAUUUCUCAAAGUUCGGCACAAAGCAUUCUCAGCCAGACUUUGUCUAAUCAUGGAAGAGGUUCAUCGACUGGAGCACUUGCUGCAGCACUUGCAUCAGCUUUCUCACAGCUUCUUGUACAAUCAGGAGCCGUAACAGCUGCUCCUGCACCGCGUCCUCUACCGGCACCACGCCUGUCCCUGCUUCUUCAUAGCACAGCAGACGCAACAAGCGGCUUCUCUAAGCAGCGCAUCAUCUGCUGCAUCCACUGCUACGACGUCCCAGGCGCUUCAAACGUCCCAGCGCAUCACAGUUUACAGCAGCCACUUCCCAAACGUCUUCAGCAGUUUUCCGUGAGUAAUGAAGCCUUGCAGAGUGCAAUCAUUUCGAACAUAGCGUCUUCGAGCGCACUAAAUGCAAUAAGUACAGGACAACUUUCUGUGCAAAAUCUCAUUUCAGUAGCGUCCCAAAUCCUUACAAAUUCCUUCGGUAUUUCUCAAAGUUCGGCACAAAGCAUUCUCAGCCAGACUUUGUCUAAUCAUGGAAGAGGAUCAUCGACUGGAACACUCGCUGCAGCACUUGCAUCAGCUUUCUCACAGCUUCUUGUACAAUCAGGAGCCGUAACAGCUGGUCAGGAAUACAGUAUUGGACAAAGCGUUGGUUCCAACCUGUCGUCGGUUCUGCAACAGCUACAGUCCCAAAAUACACGACCUGCUCCAGCUCCUGCACCGCGUCCUCUACCGGCACCACGCCCUGCCCCUGCUUCUUUCAUAGCACAGCAGACGCAACAAGCGGCUUCUCUAAGCAGCGCAUCAUCCGCCGCAUCCACUGCUACGACGUCCCAGGCGCUUCAAACGUCCAGCGCAUCACAGUUGACAGCAGCCACUUCCCAAACGUCUUCAGCAGUUUCCGUGAGUAAUGAAGCCUUGCAGAGUGCAAUCAUUUCGAACAUAGCGUCUUCGAGCGCACUAAAUGCAAUAAGUACAGGACAACUUUCUGUGCAAAAUCUCAUUUCAGUCGCGUCCCAAAUCCUUACAAAUUCCUUCGGUAUUUCUCAAAGUUCGGCACAAAGCAUUCUCAGCCAGGCUUUGUCUAAUCAUGGAAGAGGAUCAUCGACUGGAACACUCGCUGCAGCACUUGCAUCAGCUUUCUCACAGCUUCUUGUACAAUCAGGAGCCGUAACAGCUGGUCAGGAAUACAGUAUUGGACAAAGCGUUGGUUCCAACCUGUCGUCGGUUCUGCAACAGCUACAGUCCCAAAUAACACGACCUGCUCCAGCUCCUGCACCGCGUCCUCUACCGGCACCACGCCCUGCCCCUGCUUCUUUCAUAGCACAGCAGACGCAACAAGCGGCUUCUCUAAGCAGCGCAUCAUCCGCCGCAUCCACUGCUACGACGUCCCAGGCGCUUCAAACGUCCAGCGCAUCACAGUUUACAGCAGCCACUUCCCAAACGUCUUCAGCAGUUUUCCGUGAGUAUAGCGUCUUCGAGCGCACUAAAUGCAAUAAGUACAGGACAAUUUCUGUGCAAAAUCUCAUUUCAGUAGCGUCCCAAAUCCUUACAAAUUCCUUCGGUAUUUCUCAAAGUUCGGCACAAAGCAUUCUCAGCCAGACUUUGUCUAAUCAUGGAAGAGGAUCAUCGACUGGAGCACUCGCUGCAGCACUUGCAUCAGCUUUCUCACAGCUUCUUUGUACAAUCAGGAGCCGUAACAGCUGGUCAGGAAUACAGUAUUGGACAAAGCGUUGGUUCCAACCUGUCGUCGGUUCUGCAACAGUUACAGUCCCAAAUAACACGACCUGCUCCAGUCCUGCACCGCGUCCUCUACCGGCACCACGCCCUGCCCCCUGCUUCAUUCAUAGCACAGCAGACGCAACAAGCGGCUUCUCUAAGCAGUGCAUCAUCUGCUGCAUCCACUGCUACGACGUCCCAGGCGCUUCAAACGUCCAGCGCAUCACAUUUACAGCAGCCACUUCCCAAACGUCUUCAGCAGUUUCCGUGAGUAAUGAAGCUUUGCAGAGUGCAAUCAUUUCGAACAUAGCGUCUUCGAGCGCACUAAAUGCAAUAAGUACAGGACAACUUUCUGUGCAAAAUCUCAUUUCAGUAGCGUCCCAAAUCCUUACAAAUUCCUUCGGUAUUUCUCAAAGUUCGGCACAAAGCAUUCUCAGCCAGGCUUUGUCUAAUCAUGGAAGAGAUCAUCGACUGGAACACUCGCUGCAGCACUUGCAUCAGCUUUCUCACAGCUUCUUGUACACAUCAGGAGCCGUAAACAGCUGUCGCUGUACAGUAUUGGACAAAAGCGUUGUUCCAACCUGUCCAACCUGUCGUCGGUUCUGCACAGCUACAGUCCCAAUCCCAAUAACACGACCUGCUCCAGCUCCUGCACCGCUCGUCUCCCGGCACCGCGCCUGCUGUCCCUCCCUUCCCACGCCCUGCCCCUGCUUCUCUUCUUUAAGCCGUGCAUCGACUCUCAAGCAUCGCUGCUACCACGACCGUCCGCUUCACCGUCCGCUUCAAACCUCCAGUUUCACAGUUUCCCACUGCCACUUCUUCCAGCAUUUUCCUCUCGCGUCCAACCUCUUCCUUACAAAUUCCUUCUCAUACCCCCAUUUCUUCCCACCCCUCAAGUCCCAUCGUCUACCCUUUAAGCAUUUCCUUCCACCUUCUCACCAGGCUUUGUCUAAUCAUGGAAGAGGAUCAUCGACUGGAGCACUCGCUGCAGCACUUGCAUCAGCUUUCUCACAGCUUCUUGUACAAUCAGGAGCCGUAACAGCUGGUCAGGAAUACAGUAUUGGACAAAGCGUUGGUUCCAACCUGUCGUCGGUUCUGCAACAGCUACAGUCCCAAAUAACACGACCUGCUCCAGCUCCUGCACCGCGUCCUCUACCGGCACCACGCCCUGCCCCUGCUUCUUUCAUAGCACAGCAGACGCAACAAGCGGCUUCUCUAAGCAGCGCAUCAUCCGCCGCAUCCACUGCUACGACGUCCCAGGCGCUUCAAACGUCCAGCGCAUCACAGUUUACAGCAGCCACUUCCCAAACGUCUUCAGCAGUUUCCGUGAGUAAUGAAGCCUUGCAGAGUGCAAUCAUUUCGAACAUAGCGUCUUCGAGCGCACUAAAUGCAAUAAGUACAGGACAACUUUCUGUGCAAAAUCUCAUUUCAGUCGCGUCCCAAAAUCCUUACAAAUUCCUUCGGUAUUUCUCAAAGUUCGGCCAAAGCAUUCUCAGCCAGACUUUGUCUAAUCAUGGAAGAGGAUCAUCGACUGGAACACUCGCUGCAGCACUUGCAUCAGCUUUCUCACAGCUUCUUGUACAAUCAGGAGCCGUAACAGCUGGUCAGGAAUACAGUAUUGGACAAAGCGUUGGUUCCAACCUGUCGUCGGUUCUGCAACAGCUACAGUCCCAAAUAACACGACCUGCUCCAGCUCCUGCACCGCGUCCUCUACCGGCACCACGCCCUGCCCCUGCUUCUUUCAUAGCACAGCAGACGCAACAAGCGGCUUCUCUAAGCAGCGCAUCAUCCGCCGCAUCCACUGCUACGACGUCCCAGGCGCUUCAAACGUCCAGCGCAUCACAGUUUACAGCAGCCACUUCCCAAACGUCUUCAGCAGUUUCCGUGAGUAAUGAAGCCUUGCAGAGUGCAAUCAUUUCGAACAUAGCGUCUUCGAGCGCACUAAAUGCAAUAAGUACAGGACAAAUUUCUGUGCAAAAUCUCAUUUCAGUAGCGUCCCAAAUCCUUACAAAUUCCUUCGGUAUUUCUCAAAGUUCAGCACAAAGCAUUCUCAGCCAGGCUUUGUCUAAUCAUGGAAGAGGAUCAUCGACUGGAGCACUCGCUGCAGCACUUGCAUCAGCUUUCUCACAGCUUCUUGUACAAUCAGGAGCCGUAACAGCUGGUCAGGAAUACAGUAUUGGACAAAGCGUUGGUUCCAACCUGUCGUCGGUUCUGCAACAGCUACAGUCCCAAAUAACACGACCUGCUCCAGCUCCUGCACCGCGUCCUCUACCGGCACCACGCCCUGUCCCUGCUUCUUCAUAUCGCGCCCAAAUCCUUACAAAUUCCUUCGGUAUUCUCAAAGGCACACAAAGCAUUCUCAGCCAGGCUUUGUCUAAUCAUGGAAGAGGAUCACCGACUAAAGCACUCGCUGUAGCAACUGCAUCAGCUAUCUCACAGCUUCUUGUACAAUCAGGAGCCGUAACAGCUGGUCAGGAAUACAGUAUUGGACAAAGCGUUGGUUCCAACAUGUCGUCGGUUAUGCAACAGCUACUGUCCCAAAUAACACGACCUGCUCCAGCUCCUGCACCGCGUCCUCUACCGGCACCACGCCCUGCCCCUGCUUCUUUCAUAGCACAGCAGACGCAAACAAGCGGCUUCUCUAAGCAGCGCAUCAUCCGCCGCAUCCACUGCUACGACGUCCCAGGCGCUUCAAACGUCCAGCGCAUCACAGUUUACAGCAGCCACUUCCCAAACGUCUCAGCAGUUUCCGUCUUCGAGCGCACUAAAUGCAAUACGUACAGGACAACUUUCUGUGCAAAUCUCAUUUCAGUAGCGUCCCAAAUCCUUACAAAUUCCUUCGGUAUUUCUCAAAGUUCGGCACAAAGCAUUCUCAGCCAGGCUUUGUCUGAUCAUGGAAGAGGAUCAUCGACUGGAGCACUCGCUGCAGCACUUGCAUCAGCUUUCUCACAGCUUCUUGUACAAUCAGGAGCCGUAACAGCUGGUCAGGAAUACAGUAUUGGACAAAGCGUUGGUUCCAACCUGUCGUCGGUUCUGCAACAGCUACAGUCCGAAAUAACACGACCUGCUCCAGCUCCUGCACCGCGUCCUCUACCAGCACCACGCCCUGCCCCCGCUUCUUUCAUAGCACAGGAAGCGCAACAUGCUUCUUCUUCAAGUAGCGGGACGUCCGCAGUUAGCAUUACAUCACCUUCGAAUGUGAGGGAAUCGUCGAGUGGUUCAGAUUACAGUAGUUCCUUUGCCGGCUCUCAAAUACCUAUUUCUCCGGAAUAUUCAUCAACCGGUUCUGCGGCGUUUCUAAGCGCUACUGGAAUAAACACUCAGGAACUGUUAUCUCCUGUAACGGAUGCAAGGAUUUCUUCUCUGAGUGGAGCACUUUCUUCAGCCUUCUCUGGUGGCAAAGUGGAUUUCCAAUUAUUAUCAAAUGCUAUUGCGAAGACUAGUGGAGAAAUUCAGCAUAGCUCAAAUUUAUCGGAAAGUGAAGUUAUUGUAGAGGCGUUGCUUGAAACGAUUGCAGCUCUUAUCGAACUGCUUUCUCCCAGAGCCUCUGGUAGCUCUUCUGCACUUGCUUAUAACCUUGUUCAGGUCUUUGGUUAGGUAUAUUCCAAGAUGAAGUUAGUUUCAGUUUUACACUUGUAUUUAACUGUAAGGUAUUAUGAUGCGACUAUGAAUCAUAAGUACUGUCUAAAUAAAUAUGUAUUUGCUUUAACA